AUGUAUAUCCGAAAUUUUUCGCUUUACUUGCAUGCAGCAUUGCGUCGUCGACCGCGUCUCACGUUUCGCAGUCGUGGCGGACAACCGCUCAUCGAUGGUUAUCGCUUUGUGAUCAGCUACCAACAGCAGCAUCGUUGCUAUUUGAAGUGCGCCCACUUUCGCAGCAAGUGUCGCGCUCGUGCCAUACAGAAUAAGGUUACCGGUCAGGUGCAGUUGAGCAAUGGAGUUCACAAUCACAAUCGUGGCCAAGAGCAACACUAA